GAAAAAAAUGAAGCUCUGCCCAGAAAUUGACACACGGUGGUAAACUUACCAAACCAACACACACACAGUCACAGACAUAUCGUAACUUGAAAACUCAAACCAAACACUGACACAGUCUUCGAACACAAUAAACCAUUUUCAUGGCAUCAUCACGAAUCAUCUCCCAUUCUCCGCCCAAUCUCCACCGUCAAUCUUCCCCUUCCGACUCCCUUAAACCCAUCCCCACCGUCAAUCUCACUUUUCCCCCAAAACGACACCGUAACCUCUGCAUUCGCGCUUCUCAAAACGACACAUCACACUCCGUUGAACUGCAAACCAGCCCAAACGGCGUCGUUUCCAAAGAUCCAAUCGCUCUUCCGAGGCCUUUGUCUUCUAAUCAGUUACAUACCGCUGUUUCCGAUGGUUCACGUCUUCGUGUUGCUUAUCAGGGGGUUCAAGGUGCUUACAGUGAAUCUGCUGCACGAAAGGCUUACCCUAAUUGUGAAGCUGUGCCUUGUGAACAAUUUGACACCGCUUUUGAAGCUGUAGAAAGAUGGCUUGUGGACAGAGCAGUUUUGCCCAUUGAGAAUUCAUUGGGAGGUAGCAUCCACAGAAAUUACGACCUUCUACUCAGGCACCAGUUACAUAUAGUAGGAGAAGUAAAAUAUGCAGUACAUCAUUGUUUGAUGGCCAACCAUGGUGUUAAGCUUCAGGAUUUGAAGCGUGUUCUUAGUCAUCCACAGGCUCUUGCACAAUGUGAGAACACCUUGACGGGGUUUGGCUUAGUCAGAGAAGCGGUUGAUGAUACAGCCGGUGCUGCAAAGCAUGUUGCCCACAAAAAACUACAAGAUGCAGGAGCUGUUGCUAGCUCUGCUGCUGCAGAGAUCUAUGGCUUAAGUAUACUUGCUCAAGACAUUCAGGAUGAUAGUGAUAAUAUCACCCGAUUUUUAGUAUUGGCGCGAGAACCGAUACUUCCAGGCACAGACAGGCCAUUCAAGACAAGCAUAGUUUUUUCUUUAGAAGAGGGUCCCGGGGUGCUUUUCAAGGCCCUUGCUGUUUUUGCCCUGCGUCAAAUUAAUCUUUCAAAGAUUGAAAGUCGUCCUUUGCGAAAGCAACCUCUACGAACAUCUGAUGAUAACAACAAUAGGUACUUUGAUUAUCUUUUCUAUGUUGAUUUUGAAGCCUCAAUGGCUGAUCAGAAUGCACAAAAUGCCUUAAGGCAUCUAAAGGAGUUUGCUACAUUCUUGCGAGUGCUGGGGAGUUAUCCUAUGGACACUAGCACGGCAUAAAUAUUCUCCAAAAGAGGACUUGCAGAUAUUGUUACUUUUCAUACAGCACAGUUCUUCCAGCCAUCGAAUCUUGUGAAUGGAAAUAGAGUUUACUAUGAUUCAAUAUACAGAUAAACAGAAAACAAUAGUAUCAGAUGUUCAAGCUCCUUAAAAUUUUGAUGGGUGUUAUUCAACAUUAUGAAUCAGCGUGUUUGUUCAAAUAUUUUCUCCUGGUUGUCCUUGCUACCAGUUCUCUUGGAUGUUUUAUGGUUGUCCUUGCUACCAGUUCUCUUGGAUGUUUUAUGGUUGUCCUUGCUACCAAUUCUCUUGGAUGUUUUAAAAUGCCAAUGGCUAAAUGCAAAGUGAUGCUUCUACAACAGGGACCGUGUAUUUAUGUACUUUUUAAAAACAGUGGAAACUCAUUUUUGUAUGAAGAGGAGACUGCAUUUCCUCUACUAUUUGCUACCUCUCUAGUGGCCGUCAUGGAUUAUUUUAGGCAAUGCAAUUUGUACUCUUAAUUUAUGCGUCCAGUUUGUACUUUACACCCUUAUUUACUCUUGGUUAUUGUAUAAUUCACCCUUUAUUCUUGUUCU